GUUCUUCUGGUCCCUUGAGGUCAUGGAGAUAUUCUUUAACAUGUUUGACAGAGAAGCUCAUGAGACCAAUUAUUUAAUGAAAACGAAUCUCAUCGUGUUUAAAUGCUGAAUAUUAAUGAUUCAUUCUGAAAUCAUUGUCAGUUAUUUGGUCCUUGUUGGGGGCACGUGCAGCAUCAGUCCCGAUCCUCAGGAAUCCAGUCCGGGACUUCAGGUCUGAUGACAGAGACCGCUUCACCAGAGCAGCCCUCCAACAGAUCCCUCCGCGGGGUCAGACACACUUUUUACACAACACAAACAAAUUCACCGAGUGUGUCGCAGACACGGAGGAAGCCGCACAUUGUAAACUCUCAGUCCGGCUCAACGUCGCCUUUACCCGGGUGUGAAGAAGAAACCGCUGGCCGCUCAGCGGCUCCGCUGCGGUGCAGUAGUAAAUGUUUUGCGGGACCUACUUCUCCUGCUGGCGCUGACAGGCGGUGCUUCGGUCGCUCCCAAACAUGGCCUCCAUGACGGAGCGACCGCUUCAACUUUAAUUUUUCGCCAAUUUUCAGCAGAAAACCGUCUUUUUUUCCUUCCACGGUCAACGGGAAUGUUUCGUCGGACAAUCUUAUCAUGCCAGACUUAUGAAACCGAUGUUAUCUUUCGGAGAAGUUCGCUGUUGGCUUUAAACAGAUCGGUUUAAGUUGGCUGGAAAGCUGGAGAGGAAAAAGAGAAUUGCAUCAAAUCAAAUGCCGUCUGAGGCCCAGUCUCAGGAGCCUCGGGACAGAGGACCGCCGCCUCCCGUCACCCGGGCCGGACGCAGCGCUCAGCUGGCCAAAGCCGCCGCUACGAGCACUGCCCCCGAGAGGCGGCCUCGCGGGCGACCUCGGAAAGAUGGGAGCAGUGGCCGCUCUGCGCCUCCCGCCCCUCCUCCUCCUCCUCCUCCGCCUCCUCCACCUCCUCCUCCCAAAUCCAGGAAGAAGGGGCGGAGUCGAGGCCGAGCACAGGUAGAGGAUGAAGAGAGCAUGGACGCCACGGAGAAGAAGCCUCCUCACAAGACAGACGUGAAGGAGGCGAAGGAGGCGAAGGAGAAACCCACAGGCCGCCGUCGGUCCACCUCCAGGAGGAAAUCGAACGCAAACCCAGAACCUGACCCUGACCCCGACCCUGAACCCAGCCAGGACAAGCUCAGCAGGCUCAGUCCAGAACCUAAGAUGGAUCCUGACCCCAGUCCCCCUCACCCUGACCCCCCAGUCCCCGAGCCCAGCCCAGAACCGGCUCCUAGUGCUGAGGAACAGGACAGAACCAGCCCUCCUCCUCCUGGUGGGCUCCUGGCCUCCAGUCCCCGGACCAGCUCCCGGUCCUGGGGAAGAACCGAACCUCGAGUCAGCCCCCCACCCCCGUCCCCAGGCCCAGCUCACAGUCCUGCCUCCAGCCCCAGACCGGGUCCUGAUCCUGUGGAGGCGGACCGGCCCAGCCCGAGCCACAGCCCCGCCCACGUGGAGAUGGACCGCAGUCCUGGCACAGUUCCUAUGGAGACGGACGGGGGUGGAGCCAGUCCCACGGAGCAGAGUCCUGCUCCGAGUCCCUGCUUCAGUCCUCCGGUCUCGCCCUGCCCCCGGCUGGAGGACGAGGACUCGCUGUCCCCCCUGUUCCAGCGGUCUCUGUCCGAGGACUCUGGGGGCUCGCCCACCCCCAGCCUGGGACACACCAAAAAACGUCUGAAGCAGUGUGCCUUCUGUUACCGUGGUGACGAGCCUCCUCUGGGCCAGGGCCGCCUGGUGGUGUUCGGCCCGACGCCCGGCUACAUCCCCCUCCACAUCCUCAACCGCCGCGCCUCCUCCGACCGAGACAACGACUGCCACGACCACUGCUACCGCGGCGACCAGGCCCUGCCCUCGUGCAGCAGUCCAGAGCAGUGUGACGACCAGUCUUCCUCAGAGUUUGUGGAGCAGCUCGGACCCAUCGGCCUUCCACAUGACAUCAACGUCCAAUCACUGUUCGACCCCACAGGUCAGUGCUGCGCUCACCUGCAUUGCGCCGCCUGGUCGGAGGGGGUGUGUCGAGGCGAGGGCCAGUCGCUGCUCUACGUGGACAAAGCCAUCGACUCAGGAAGCACGCAGGUGUGUGUGUUCUGCCGUCGGCUCGGGGCGUCGUUGCGUUGCCGGGAGACGGGCUGCGGGCGGAGCUACCACUUCCCCUGUGCUGCCGCCGCUGGAGCUCUUCAGGACUGGAACCAGAGACACACACUGUGCACAAGACACUCACACACAGUCUCUUCACAGUGUGUGUUGUGUUCGGGCGGCGGUGAUGUCAGCAGUCUGUUGAUGUGUUGUUGUUGUGGUAACCGUUACCACGGCAGCUGCCUGGACCCCCCUCUGGCCCCCUCCCCAUUGUGCCGGGCCGGCUGGCAGUGUCCUCAGUGUCGAACGUGUCAGAGCUGCAGGCUGCGAGGGGAUGACGGCGUGUUGCUGGUUUGCGAGCGCUGUGAUAAAGCGUACCACACACACUGUCUCACGCCACCUCUGGACCACACGCCGAGCACCGGCUGGAGCUGCAAGAAUUGCAGAACCUGCCGCCGCUGUGGCGUGAGGUCACCAGGCCAGUGGGCCAAUCACCCGUUUCUGUGUGAGUCAUGUGACCCGGCCCUGCCCUGCCCUCUCUGUGGCCACGCCCCCGAUCUCUACACACCACAGGAGUAUCUCACCUGUACCUGCUGCUAUAGGUGUGUCCAUACAGAGUGCAUUGUCCAGGCUGGGGAGGGCAGGGCAGGGUCUGAAAGUUACAUCUGCUCCACCUGCAGGCCUCAGGAGGAGGAUCUAAUUCCAAACACUCCAUUCCUAUCUGGUCCCACCCCGACCCUGCCCGUCAGUCCUGUACAUGCACCACCGGUCAGUCCCACCACUCGAUACUCCAACAAAGUCCUGAACCUCUUUAUCCUGAUCCCUCAGAGCUCCAACAAAGUCCUGGACCUCUUUAUCCUGAUCCCUCAGAGCUCCAACAAAGUCCUGGACCUCUUCAUCCUGAUCCCUCAGAGCUCCAACAAAGUCCUGGACCUCCUCAUCCUGAUCCCUCAGAGCUCCAACAAAGUCCUGAACUUCCUCAACCUGAUCCCUCAGAGCUCCAACAAAGUCCUGAACUUCCUCAACCUGAUCCAUCAGAGCUCCAACAAAGUCCUGAACCUGUUCACCCUGAUCCGUCAGAGCUCAAGCAAAGUCCUGAACCUGUUCACCCUGAUCUGUCAGAGCUCAAGCAAAGUCCCGAACCUCCUCACCCUGAUCCAUCAGAGCUCCAACAAAGUCCUGAACCUGUUCACCCUGAUCCAUCAGAGCUCCAACAAAGUCCUGAACCUGUUCACCCUGAUCCAUCAGAGCUCCAACAAAGUCCUGAACCUGUUCACCCUGAUCCAUCAGAGCUCCAACAAAGUCCUGAACCUGUUCACCCUGAUCCGUCAGAGCUCAGGCAAAGUCCUGAACCUGUUCACCCUGAUCCAUCAGAGGUCAAACCAAAUCUUGAACCUGUUCACCCUGAUCCAUCAGAGCUCCAACAGAGUUCUGAAUCUCCUCACCAUGAUCCAUCAGAGCUCCAACAGAGUCCUGAACCUCCUCACCCUGAUCCAUCAGAGUUCCAACAGGGCCCCGCUUCAUCUCUCCCUGAUUCCACAGAACCCCAAAAGCCCUUCAUCAAACAGUCAAGCCCAGGAAGGGCUUAGUCCACCCUGGGUUCAGCCAGGACUUGCAGAGUCUCAGCACAGCCCCCCACCUCACAGUCCUGCGCAGGAUAUCACUACACCAACACAGCUGGAUAGACCAUGUAGUCCUGCCAGCACCCGCAUCACACAGCCUCAUCAUAGUCCCUCACAAAGACGUAGUCCUGCACCACAUAGUCCUGCAGACAUUGGCACAUCAGGUCCCACACAGGAUGCUGAAUCUACACUGGACCAGGAGAGCACUGGAUCAAGCAGCCCUGCUCACCUGCAAUGUGGAGCUGCACAGGACAUUUCUACACUGGACCAGGACCCCUCACCAGUCUACUGUAGGUCUGCUCAGACAGCUAGAAGACGUGCCUCACAGAGGCCCAUUUCAGCUCCAUGUAGCCCAUCACCGUCCCCACUCAGACCCACACAGUGUCUGUCACAGCCUGCUAGCCCAGGACAGGCCCACUCUACACAGCCUGUCAGGCCUUUGCCACUUAGCCUGCUUCUUUCUCAACUUACUGCACAGUCAACAGUCACUGAAGAAUGCAUCCAAACCAGUACCAUAGAGUUGAAGUCCAUGGAGCAUAGCCCUGUACAGCUUAGUCCAAAUGUUGACGGCCAAACACUGGAAAGUAGCCCUGCCCCCCUUAGCCCCAUCUCUGAACGGUCCACGGUGCCCCCUGAUAGCCAUGGCACAGAUGGCCAGCUCCCAACCGAGCUUGGUCCUGUUCAGUGUAGCAGGUUUAACCCCGACCCUUCCAGCCCCCGUCACGUCCCUGCUCUCUCUGCACCAGAAAGCCUUGAUCACAUUAGCACUUCAUUGGAACACAGUAGCCUAACUUCCUCACCUUGUGCUGAUGCAAUGGAGGAAAAUCCUCCCCCAGCUCGCCACGUUCAUCAGAGUCCUUCAGAUGACAGACUCAUAUGCUGCACGGAAGGGAAAGCUAGCCCCAUACAUAUCCAAGCUAACUCAGCUAGUGCUAGCCCCACACAUGUCAGUGAAAUGCCUGCUGGUCCUGCCAGUUCUCUUCAGGCCUGUGCUAGCUCCAUGCCAACAGAGGCUAGCUCUGCCCAUGUCAGUCCUUUACCUGUUGACCCCAGCCCCUCAUCAGUACUGCCAAGAUCCGUCCACCCUCUCUCUUGUCAGGAAGAAGAGAUGGAGCUGAGCCCCUCUUUGGCUAGUUCAAGUCUUGAUGUGGACACCGUGGCCAGUUCCAUCGUCCAGAGCUCUGCUCUUCCCGAUGCAGUUCAGCCUGAUCCCGGUCUUGUUAAGCCUACAGAUGGUAUCAUGCAGACGAGCCCAGAAUCUACCAGUUCCUUACCUGAUGACUCACCUGCUGCUAGCCCCAACCAGGCCAGUCAGAGUCAGGUCAGCCAGUCCCCAGUUAGUCCUCAUGCUGUACCCGACAGUCUGAAAAUGACCUCAGUCCUGGUCCUGCUAGCCCAGACUGCUCUGAUGUUGGUCCUGGUUCUGGAAGUCCUCAGAAAGACACAGAAACAGAGGAAGAGUCUUCAGCUGCUGUGGAGCUGGCUCUCUGGAGGCCUCCCCCUCCUCCUCCCCUCACAGGACUGCCUUACCCCCCUCCUGCUCCCCCACACCCCACCUCCUCUUUCCCCUCCUCUGGAGGUCCGCCCACAGGAAGAGGAGCCCACCAAUCGAGGAGAGGAGACAGGAGCUGAGACUCAGACAGGAGCGAAGGCAGAGCUAGAGGACAAAAUAUUUUCCAACCAAUCACAGAACCAGAUUGAAGCCGUUGCUACGGCAACAGAACCCACCAAAGAUGAGCACCAAUCACAUGCUGAGCCUUCAGAGAAGGAGGAGGAGGAGGAGGAGGAGUCAGCUGAAACGCAGGAGUCUGCUUCUGAGGUCGUGGUCAGGCAACAGCCAAUAAAGGAGAAGCAGCAGCAGCAGGAGGAGGAGGAGGAGGAGGAGGAGGGAGGAGUGAUAGGUAGGAUGGAUGAAGAGGAGGAGGAGGUGCGGGACGACACCAAGCAGGAGGACCAGUCAGAUGUGGAGGAGGAGGAGCUGGUGAGCCCCGUGCUGGAUCUGGAUGCCUCUUUUGACAAGGAGGUGAUGGAGCUGAUGACCUCCUCGUCCGUCCCUCCCUCCCUCCUCCACCUCUCCUCCCCCAGUCCGCCUCCCUUCUCCCGCCGGGGGAAGGGUCGGACUCUCAGGCCUCCCCCCUGCUCCUCCAGGCCUUCGGACGACCUCUCCAUCCGUCUGAGGCAGUCUCCCUUCUCCACAGAGGCCUCCCCUGAGACCUCCCCCACCAGGGUUCCCAUCACGCCACCUCCUCUCUCCCCUCCCUCACCUCCAUUCAGGUCCUCCCCUCCGAGCAGAGAUUCUCCACCUCUCUGCAAGCCCCAGGCGCCUCCCUCCACUGUGCUCCCCCUCACUCCUAAAAUCGGCAUGGGGAAACCUGCCAUCUCUAAGAGGAAGUUCUCCCCCGGCAGAGCCAGGGUCAAACAGGGUUCGUGGUGGAGUAAUCGCAGGGCAGUGAGCCCCCCCUCGUCCUCCCAGGAUUCCACGGGGGAGGGCGGGUGGGACAGCCCUAAGCCCCGUCCACCGGACUCCCCCCUCUGGAGCAUGAGAGUGGGCCGUGGUUCAGGGUUUCCAGGCAGGAGGAGGUCCAGAGGAGGAGGUGUUGGAGGAGGAAGAGGAGGAGGCAGAGGAAGGAGCAGACUGAAGACUCAGGACAGUCUGACUAUGUCACCUGGAUGUGGGUACGUGGAGCCGCUCCAGCCGAAGGAGGAGGAGGAGAACUCGAUGCACAACACGGUGGUGAUGUUCUCCACCUCCGACCACUUCACCCUCAGACAGGACAUGUGUGUGGUGUGUGGUAGUUUUGGUCAGGGAGCUGAAGGCAGACUGUUGGCCUGUUCUCAGUGUGGACAGUGUUACCAUCCCUACUGCGUCAACGUCAAGAUUACGCGGGUGGUCCUGACCAAAGGGUGGCGCUGUCUGGAGUGUACGGUGUGCGAGGCAUGUGGCGAGGCCAGCGACCCCGGGCGACUGUUGCUAUGUGACGACUGUGACAUCAGUUACCACACCUACUGUCUGGACCCGCCCCUCCAUACAGUACCUAAAGGAGCCUGGAAGUGCAAGUGGUGUGUGUGGUGUGUGCAGUGUGGCUCCGCCUCCCCCGGGCUGCACUGUGAUUGGCAGAGUAACUACAGUCGCUGUGGACCAUGUGCCAGUCUGAGCCGCUGCCCCCUCUGUCAGAGACAGUACACACAGGACGACCUCAUCCUGCAGUGUCAGCAGUGUGACAGGUGGGUCCACGCUCUGUGUCAGGGUCUGACCACCGAGGAUGAGGUGGAGGUGGCUGCUGACGAAGGCUUCGACUGUUCGCUGUGCAGAACACACGGCCGCGGCUCCUACGGGAGGUCAGACAGCUUUGAUUCUCCCUACAUGGCUCAGAUCAUCUCCAGGAUCAGAGAACCAGAUACAAAGACGUACACUCAGGACGGAGUGUGUCUCACAGAGUCAGGUCUGUCUCACCUGCAGUCUCUGGUUGAACCUCUGACAUCACCGCGCAGGUACCGCAGGUGUAAACCCAAACUGAAGCUGAGGAUCAUCAACCAGAACAGCGUGUCUGUCCUGCAGACCCCCCCUGACCCCGACCCCCCCACUGAGCAGGACCACAGCAGAGGUGACUUGGAGUGUGAGAUGAAAUCCGACUCCAGCCCCGAGCGAGAACACGUCCACGACGACGACAUCACCAAGGAGCCACAAAUUACCGACGGCAACAAGAAGAGGAAGAGGAAGCCCUACAGGCCAGGUAUCGGGGGGUUCAUGGUGCGUCAGCGUGGAGGGAAGGCCGGUCCGAGCAGAAUCAAACUGUGCAGAAAAGAUUCCACAGAGACGCUGCUGGGCCAAGUCGAAGGCCCAUUGGAUGCUGACGUUGCCAUGGAGACGGCACCCCCUGCCGACCAGACGGAGAAGGUGAAGAAGAGGUACAGGAAGAAGAAGACGAAGCUGGAGGAGGCGUUCCCGUCUUAUCUCCAGGAGGCCUUUUUCGGUCGGGAUCUCCUGGACCGGAGUCGGCAGGUGGAGAAAAGGGCGGGGCCAGAGAUGCCAGGCGGCAGCCAACCAGGAGCGGCGACGGGUGAUAUGAAAAGCCCCGCCCCUUCAGGACUGCUGGCGGGUGCCAUGGCAACCAACAAGAAGCAGGGAAUGCUUCCCAUGUCGGAGGAAGCUCUGGUGGAUCUGUCUGAUGUUCUCAACACUGACCCUCACAUACUGGCUACAGGACAAACAGGUCAGUUCCAGGUGGAGCGCUCCCCCUCUCCGUUCGCUGGUCUGGACAUCAGCUCCAUGGCCGACGACUCGUCUUUGACCUCUGAGCCUACAGGAAGUGGUGGGCGUGGCCAGAGGUCGGUGCAGGAGGAGCCUCUGGACGCCAUCUUGAGCCCCGAGCUUGACAAGAUGGUCACAGACGGUGCUAUCCUCAGCAAACUCUACAACAUCCCAGAGUUGGAGGGGAAGGACGUGGAGGAGGUGUUCACUGCUGUUCUCAGUCCAAACAGCAACAACAACCAGCCAGAGCAGAGCCAGCACACACACACUGCUGCUGGGAGCAAGACACACACUCACCACACAGCCGCUGUGUUUCCUCGCCUGCCGCUGAUGAACGGCCUGAUGGGAGCCUCUCCUCACUUUCCCAACGCUCCCAUGAUGCCCGGCGGUGUCCAGGGUCCACAGGGCUUCAGGAUGCCCCCUCCCGAGGGUCCCGGCCCCGCCCCUCUCCCUGGCCCCGGGCUGGCCUCGGCCAAUCAGGCGGUGACGGGAGAGGGCGAGCAGGACGUGAUGUCGACGGCUCAGAGGGGGAUGUUGAAGUGGGAGAAAGAGGAAACUCUGGGAGAGCUGGCGACGGUCGCUCCGGUCCUCUACUGCAACACCAACUUCCCCCAGCUGAGGGAGCAGUAUCCUGACUGGUCCACCAGAGUGAAGCAGAUUGCCAAACUGUGGAGGAAAGCCAGUUCUCAGGACCGAGCGCCGUACGUGCAAAAAGCUCGGGACAACCGGGCGGCUCAGCGCAUCAACAAGGUGCAGCUGUCCAACGACCCGCUCAAACGCCCCCCACCCUCACAGCCGCUGCAGCAGCAGCAUCAUCAGCAGCAGCAGCAGCCGCCGCCGCCGCCGCCGCCGCUUCCGCUGGGACCUUACGAUCCUGUUUCCAUAGAAACGGAGGUGGCAUUCAAGGACCCGCUGAGGCCCAAAGAGUCGGAGCAGGAGCAGGAGUGGAAGAUGAGACAGGGAGAGGGUAAUGACAGAUGGGGAGCCGGUAAGAAGAGGCAGGAAAAUCUCCCCCAAAGCAAAAAAUCACCAACAGAUAAAGAUUGUCCCUACCAGGCAUCUGUAGCAGGAGGUGGCAAAGAGGCUCUGCAAAUGCGUCAGAAGAGUAAGCAGCUGGCGAAGAUCGAGGCGACUCAGAAGUUGGAGCAGGUGAAGAACGAGCAGCGGCAGCAGCAGCUCCUGGCGAGCCAGCGUCUGUCUGGGCGUCUGUCCCCGGAGACGGGCAGCCGCAGCCCUGUGACCCCCGCCCAGCAGCAGCCUGCGGGGGGCGCCGCCUCCCCCCUCCACCCCGCGGCCUCCAGGGAGGGCCAGUCCAGGCAGCACCUCCUCCCACAGGGGGGCCAGAGCUCGGGAGCGGCCGACGACGUCUUCCUCAGGCCGCAGGCUCCUCCUCCCUCCGGCUUCUCCCCUCUGCACCAGCCCCCGUCCUCCCCCCAGAUGUUCUCCCCGCCCUCCUCCCGCCCCUCCUCGCCCUGGGAUCCUUACGGUAAGAUACCAGGGACUCCUCGCCCCACCUCCUCCCAGUCUGGUGGCACCCCAGCUCCUCCUCAGCAGCAGCAGCGCCGGAACUCCCUCAGCGCCUCCCCAGCCCACGAUGUCUUCGGCUCCCCCGCACCGUCCCCCGACUCCAAGACCUCUGACAUCUCCAGGGCCCUCGGACCACAACCAGGCCUGCAGCAGAGCAGAGCAGGUAUGAUGAGCCCCCCCUCUGGCUCGGCCUCUGACCUCACAGCCAGACUUGGUAUCCGAGCAGCAGAGACCUACCAGAGGACUCCUCUUAACACCGGUAAUCUCCGUGCUGGGGGGUUGGCAGGUGAACUGGUCCAGGGAGGGGUCUUUAAAGCCCCCAUGCCCCCCCAGCAUCAGCCUCAGCAGGAGGUGUUUGGAGGCGCAGGAGGAGGAGGAGGAGGAGGAAGGAGGGACCCGUCCAGACCCACAGACCUGGGCUUUGCCCUCCCCCCAUCUCAGGAUCCUCCCUUCCCCUCCAGUCCGCUGUCAGGGCUAGGCUCCCCCCACCGCAGCCCGUACGCCCAGACGCCCGGCACCCCCAGACCCGACUACAGCCAGCAGAUCGCAGACCCCUUCGCCCAGCAGUCACCUUUGACCUCCCGGCCCUCUCCUGACCCCUACGCCAACCCCCAGCCCGGUACUCCACGCCCACACUCCGACCCCUCGUACCUCCCCACCCCGCCCGCACUGCGCCUGGACCAGUACAACCAGCAGUCCGCCACCCGUCGGCCGUCCCCUUCCCACCCGACCCUCGACCCCUACGCCUCCAACCCGGGGACGCCCCGCCCCUCCGUCACCGAGCGUUUCCCUCGGUCGCCGGGGAGUCAGCGAACAGCCGACCCCUACGCCCAGCCCGUGGGUACACCGCGACUCGCGGACCCGUACGCCCAGCAGCCCUCCACGCCACGGCCCCAGAAGGGCCCCGAGCCCUUCAUCCAGGCCCCGGUGGACAGCUUCACUCCUCAGCCUGCAGGGUCCGGGUCGUCCCCUCUGGCUCCAGGACUGUCUGGAGACGCAGUGACCUUCACCCAGACACACCACCAGCAGUCUCCAGGAAGACAACAACAACAACAGGACUCAUUUCCCAGAACCCCCAGCAGCCAGACCCCAAAGCACCCUGGGAUAUCAGAUGAGGGCGGUUUCUCUGGUUUGGCCGGUCAGACUCCGGGACACGACCCCUUCGAACAGGGUCACAUGACACCAGGCCCCUCGCAGACGGACAAGACGACAGCCAAUGAAAUGGCCGUGCUGGGAGUGGCCUCUUUAGACGGACCAAUGAGCGUUCUGCCUCAGCCCGGUGACUCCGAGGAGAAGCUGAGACAGCGUCAGCGGCUGCGGCAGCUCAUCCUGAGGCAGCAGCAGCAGAAGAGCGCCCUCCGGCAGGAGAAGGGUCUCCAGGAGCCGGCCUCUGGACCUGCUGCUCCUCCUGGACCCGCCCCUGGUUCAGGAACUCCCCGGCACUGGUCCCAGGAGGACUCAUCCAACUCCACCGCUCCUCCAGCAGACCUGUUUGGACGCCCCCCGCCUCCCUACCCCGGCACGGUGAGGCCCGGUGGGCCGGCGGUAGCUCCGGGCCCGAGGUUCCCCGGAGGAUUCCCAGGGGAGCAGCAGAGGGGCUUCACCCCCAACGAGGUUCCCUUCCCCAGGCAGAGCCUCCCCAGAGAGCUGGGUGUCAGAGGACCAGCGCUGAGGUUCGGCGCUCCUCCAGGAGCUCCAGCGGGCCUCCAGGACUCCUUCCUGCGUGCUCCCCAGGGCGCGGUGCCUGGAUCCGGGCUCAGGUGGGGUGGAGGGAGUCACUGUCCAGAUGAGAAGGCCGAUGUCCGGGGAGUUCAUCCGGCAUCCGACCCCUCAACGCUCCCAACGCGCACAUGUGUCCCCCAGCCGUUCCCCCCCCGCUCCCUCCACAUCCAGCAGCACAGCAUCAUGGGACAGCCAUACAUCGAGCUUCGACACCGGGCCCCGGAGAACCGCCUGAGGCUGCCUUUCCCUCUGCCGACCGCCCCGGACUCCGAGGCCCCGCUGCCGUCCCCGGUCAGGCCGGCUCAGGGUGCCAGGAUGGGCGAGGUGCCUCUGGGCCAGCAGAUGGUGAUGGCGGGCGGCGUGGAGCAGAUGAACCAGCAGCUCGGCCACGCAGCAGCUCUGACUCAGAGUGGCGAGUCGACGCUCCCGGGGGCCGAUGGGAUAGAGGAGCACCUGGAGGGGGAGGACUCGGCCGUGAAGGAUCUGGAGGACGUGGAGGUGAAAGAUCUGGUCGACCUCAACCUGAACCUCGACCCCGAAGACGGUAAAGAGGACCUGGAUCUGGGUCCGAAUGACCUCCACCUGGACGACUUCCUGCUGUCGGGGAAGUUCGACCUGAUCGCCUACGCCGACCCCGAGCUCAACCUGGAGGACAAGAAGGACAUGUUCAACGAGGAGCUGGACCUGGAGCCGGUGGAGGAGAAGGACGAAGUGGGCGGGUCCAGGAAGACGGAUGGCCACGCCCACCAGGUAAAACAGGAAGUGAAUGACGGCAUCAAGACAGAAGCCAGAGACAGCCCCGCCUCCACCCAGCACCUCACAACACAGCCUGGGCUCCCCACCACCAGCAGACCCCCUGGACCACCAGGACCUCCAGGGACCAAGGCAGCAGGCUCCUCCGGCCUCCUCAGCAAGGAGAAGGUGGAGGACUCUGGUUCUGGUUCAGGGGCCCUGCCAGUUCUCCAGGCCCAGGAACAGGCUCCGUCAUCAGGCCUCACUCCCAGGGUUCACCCCCCCAUGGCUGCAGGUCACCCGUCUGUCUUCCAGCAGCAGCAGAGACCCUUUGGACCCUCCCCCUCCUCCUCAGCUCUCCUCCCUCCUCACCCUCAGGUCCCCCCCACCGCUCCUCACCCGCUGUCCCUCCAGCCCCCCCAGCCUCGUCUCCUCCUCAACCCCCCCACCCAGCCCUCACACCCGGGAACGUCCACCCAGACCCUGACCCAGUCUCAGGGCCAGGCUGUUUUCCCCCAGAACCAGAACCAGGUACAGAACCAGAACCAGAACCAGAACAAGCACCGGCCUCUGCUCCUGGAGGAGCAGCCGCUCCUCCUGCAGGAUCUCCUGGACCAGGAGCGUCAGGAGCAGCAGCAGCAGAAACAGAUGCAGGCCCUGAUCAGACAGAGGUCCACACCAGACCCUCUGUUCCCCAGCAUGGACUUUGACUCCAUCACUGACCCCAUCAUGAAGGCUAAGAUGGUGGCUCUGAAGGGCAUCAACAAGGUGAUGACUCAGGGGAACCUGGGUCUGAACCCCAUCGUCAUCAACAGGUUCCAGCAGACUCCAGCUCCAGCGGCCCCGGGUCCAGAGGGGCCCCCUCAGCCUCCACACCUGGUACAGGACGGGAAGCUGAACCCUCAGCUGGUGCGACCCAGCCCCCCCAGCUUCGGCCCCGGCUUCGUCAACGAGUCUCAGCGGCGUCAGUACGAGGAGUGGCUGGGCGAGACGCAGCAGCUCCUGCAGAUGCAGCAGCGCCUCCUGGAGGAGCAGAUCGCCGCCCACCGCAAGACCAAGAAGGCCCUGUCGGCCAAGCAGAGGACGGCCAAGAAGGCCGGCCGAGCGUUCGCCGAGGAGGACGCCGCCCAGCUCCGCUACAUCACCGAGCAGCAGGGGACGGUCCAGAAGCAGCUGGAGCAGAUCAGGAAGCAGCAGAAGGAUCACGCCGAGCUGAUCGAGGACUACAGGACCAAACAGCAGCAGCAGAGAGCUCUGCAGCAGCCGCCAGCUGCCCCCCCCAUGAUGCCCGCAGGAGCCCCCCCCAUCCCCCAGACUCUGCUGUCCCAGCCCAUGGGCCCCGGCCCGGCCUGCGUCUCUAACGUCCCUCCUGGUUGGACUCCGGGGGGCGGGGCUCCAGGAGUGAUGGGGCAGAGGAUGCCGCAUCACCUGCCCCAUCAGAUGACCCCCACCAUGCCGAACGCCCCCCAGGCCUCCCCCCACACCCAGACCCCCCCGGUCAUGGUGCCUAGCCUCGCCACUCCGACAGCGGGCUUCAGCACCAGCCCCCGGGGCCCCACCGGAGGAGCCAACGGAGCAGCAGCGGACGCAGCCGCCCCCACGCCGCAGGUGAAGUUUGACGACAACAACCCGUUCAGCGAAGGUUUCCAGGAGAGAGAGCGGAGGGAGAGGCUGAGGGAGCAGCAGGAGCGGCAGAGAGUCCAGCUCAUGCAGGAGGUGGAGCGUCACCGGGCCCUGCAGCAGAGACUGGAGCUGGAGCAGCAAGGCCUCCUGGGAGCCUCCAUGGGUCCCGGGACCGGAGUCGCAGCCGGAGCUCGCCUCGGACAAACACCCGGAUCCGGAGCUCCUGCGGGGCCGACUCCCGCCCCGGGCGGGGACAGCCUGUCGCAGAUGCCUUUCUUCAGCUCCGAGCUGCCCCAGGAUUUCCUCCAGUCCCCCCCGGCCUCCAGACCGCCAGCGCAGCACCAGGGCCAGGUGGGGGCGCCGUUCUCCCAGCAGGUAGGCCUCCACCAGGGCUUCACAGGACCCCUGCACCCUGGAGCUCACCCGGGUCCCGGGCUGCUGCCCGGUGUCGCAGCUGAGCGGAGCAGGGUCCUGCCUGAACACGGCCCCCCUGUGGACGUGGCUCCCUCCGGCCUCCAGACCAGACCGAGGCUCCCGGGCCCCGCCGGGCCCUCGACUCCAGGACAGGUCCGCCCGGCUGGGAUCAGCGCCGCAGGAAUGACCCCCUCCCAUCCCGGGGGUCAGGCUCAUCGAUUCGGACACGACUCCUCCUCUUCGUCCCCCUCAACCCCCCUCCCUCCCUCGUUCCCCGGAGGCCCCGCCUCCCUCAUCCAGCUCUACUCUGACAUCAUCCCAGACGACAAACCCAAGAAGAGGAGGAGCAGGAAGAGGGAGGGAGAGGACGCCGCAGGGGGAUCCAGAACGCCCCUGUCCUCCCACUCAGAUGACAUCACAGCCCCGCCCACUCCGGCGGUCUCUGACACUUCCUGCUCCACGCCCACUCGAUGCAGCCUGGACCAAUCAGACGUGUUGUUCCCCGGUCUGGCCCCGUCAUCCGAGCUGGAGAGGCAGCUGUCGGUCAGCUCCGCUGCCCAGCAGAGAGCCUCCGUCCUGGGCACGGAGUGUCAGAGAGGCCCCCUGUCUGCAGCUCGUCUGGAGGUCAAGGAGGAGCAGGAGGAGGGCGGGGCCUGCGGAGGAGGCGUGGUGAAGAUGGAGGAGGGCGGGGUGGAGGGAUUCUCCUCCCCCUCUCCUCUCCAGGGGGGAGGUAAAGACGGAGACGGAGGGAAGGAGCUGCUCAGACACCUGCUCAAGGACAAGACCUCCCCAGCCACCACGCCGUCGCCCACCGGCCAGGCCACGCCCACCGCCCGCCGCCAGCUGUCCAACGAGAGCGUCCGGUCCGAGGAGGAGGACAGGCCUGGUUCUCAUAGCAACGUGGUGAUGAUGGACAGUCCAGGUCCAGACCUGCUGGACAGGAAGAAGACUCAGCGCUGUAAGAGACUCGCUCGGCCCGACAAGGACAAAGCUCCUGCCAAAUACAAGAGGAGGAAGAGAGAGGAGGAGGAGAAGACGCUGCACUCCUCCUCCACCUCCUCCGACCCCCUGAUGACACAGCUCAGACAGCUGUCGGUGCUGCCCCUCAUGGAGCCUGUUCUGGGGGUGGAUCUGAGUCUGUUCCCCCCGUACGGCAGCUCCUCUCUGGGCAGAGACUCCAGACUGACGGGCUCCUUCGGUAACGGCUGCCUGGACGGAGUCACCGACUACUACUCCCAACUCAUAUACAAGCAGAAUAACCUCAGUAACCCCCCCACACCUCCGGCCUCGCUGCCCCCCACACCUCCACCUGUGGCCAGGCAGAAACUGGUGAACGGCUUCGCCACGACGGAGGAGCUGUCCAGGAAGGACAUCACGGAGCAGGAUGUGAAAGGUGUGUCAGGGCUGAAGCAGAAAGGGGAGGAGCUUCUGGCUCUGAACCACGCCACCAAGACCGUAGACGUCCCCGCCUCCCUGCCGACCCCGCCCCACAACAACCAGGAGGAGCUCAGGGUCCAGGACUCGUCGGAGCGCGACAGCCCAGACGGCUUCGUCCCGUCGUCGUCUCCGGAGAGCGUGGCGGACAUGGAGGUCAGCAGGUACCCCGACCUCUCCUUCAUCAAACUGGAGCCGCCCUCGCCCUGCCCCUCGCCUCCGAUACCCAUGAUGCCCUGCGCCUUGGGGAAAGGCUCUGCGAUGAAACAGGAAGUGAAGGCGGAGCCUAACCAUCAGGGUCCUCCCUCCUGCUCCAACACAGACCUGGUUACCAUAGCGAUCACCCUGAACCCUGUGGCAGCUCAGAACGUAGCAGGUGUGAUGGCGGCGGUGGCGGAGCUCCUUCGGGUCCCGGUCCCCGUCGACUACCAGCUGAGCCGGCCGGCCGGCCCUGAGCGCAGCUCCCUGGCCCUGCUGGCCGGAGUGCGAGUGCCGCUGACGCAGGGUUCGACAGGCAGCCGUCAGCAGAGACCUCCACCUGCAGCUGGAAACACUGGUGUCAGGAUGGACUACAACCAACAUGGCGGCUCUGCUGCUGCUGCUGCAGCCAGGUCUCAGUGCUGCAGCUACUGCAAGGUGCUGCUGGGAAACGGAGUCCGCAUCAUUAAAGAGCUCAAACAGGAGGGUCAGUCCAGACCAGGAUCCAGCCUGGUGUUCUGUAGUCCGAACUGCUCUGCUCUCUACACAUCUGACCUGCAGAGCAGAACACCUGGAACCAAGCCUGCGGUCCCCGUCCUGCUCUCCGGCUCUGAGCGCCCCCCUCCCAGCAGAGUCCAGCACCAGUACACCAACAACAUGUCCUCCAUUGCUGUCCACUCCCUCCCCCAGACUCCCCCCUCACCUCCCCCAGCCUCCUCCUCCCCAACACUCUCCUUCCCCCCUGCCUCCGCCAUCACCAUGGAGACCAGGCCCCGCAUGGACAGCCUGAAGGUGAAGGUGAAGUUGAAGCCCCGCCCCCGCGCGGUCCCAGGUGGGGAGGACUUGUCUCGACACGGAAAGAGGAUGAAGAAUUCCCGCUGGAGACGCUGGAGCGUUAGCAUCACACUCAGCCGGGGUCCUUGCAUCCCUAACGAGGCGGUCGCCAUACCAACAGAGGAGGAAGUAGACGUUCUGUUGAAGAAGUUGGGGGUGUGUCUUCGCCCCGACCCGCUGCCCAAAGACCAGCGGAGGUGCUGCUUCUGUCACCAGCAGGGAGAUGGACAGACGGACGGACCGGCCAGACUGCUGAACCUGGACCUGGAUCUGUGGGUCCACCUGAACUGCGCCCUGUGGUCCAGUGAGGUGUACGAGACUCAGGCCGGCGCUCUGAUCAACGUGGAACUGGCUCUGAGACGAGGUCUGACUCUGCGCUGCGCCCACUGUCAGCAGACCGGCGCCACGAGCGGCUGCAACCGCCUCCGCUGCACCAACACCUACCACUUCACCUGCGCCCUGCAGGCCCACUGCACCUUCUUCAAGGAUAAGACGAUGCUCUGUCACCUCCAUAAGCCCAGGACGGUUCCUCUCAGCGGGGACAGGUCCUCCAGCGGCUCCCCCUCCUCCACUCCGGGGCCGACCCCCGACCCGGUGGCGGCGAUGGCGGCGGUCUCCGACCCGUACGACUCAGAGCUGCGGUGCUUCGCCGUGUUCCGGCGGGUGUACGUGCAGCGGGACGAGGCGCGGCAGAUCGCCGCCGUGGUGCAGCGCGGCGAGCGGCAGCACACCUUCCGGGUCGGCAGCCUGCUGUUCCGCGCCAUCGGCAGGCUCCUCCCACAGCAGAUGAAGGCCUUCCACAACCAGGCCUCCAUCUUCCCCGUCGGUUACCACGCCAACCGCAUCUACUGGAGCAUGCGCCACAGCAACAGACGCUGUAAAUACAUGUGCUACAUCGAGGAGAAGGAGGCGGAGCCGCUGUUUAAGGUGAAGGUGGUGGAGAAAGGACACGACGACCUCAUACUGACCGGACCAACGCCCAAAGCUGUGUGGGACCAGAUACUGGAGCCCAUCUCCCAGAUCAGAUCCUCCAGUGGGACUCUGAAGCUGUUCCCAGUUUACCUGAAAGGAGAAGACCUGUUUGGUCUGACCACGUCUGCAGUGACCCGGAUCAUCGAGUCUUUGCCAGGUGUGGAGGCCUGUGACCGUUACACCUUCCGUUACGGCAGGAACCCUCUGAUGGAGUGGCCUCUGGCCUUCAACCCGUCAGGCUCGGCCCGCUCUGAACCCAAAGCCUGCCAGGCCAAGAGGCCGUACCUGUUGACCAGCAUCGCCCCCAGGUGUCAGGGCUCGGUGGGCUCCAUCGUGGGCCUGGUCCCCGGCGUCAUCUCUCUGUCUCCGGGCGAGUCCGUGGCCGGCGCUCACCAGGGACGCCACUCCAAGUCGUCCCAGUACCGACGCAUGAAGGCCGAGUGGAAGAGCAACGUAUACCUGGCCCGCUCCCGCAUCCAGGGUCUGGGUCUGUACGCCGCCAGAGACAUCGAGAAAUGCACCAUGGUCAUCGAGUACAUCGGCACCAUCAUCAGGAGUGAGGUGGCCAAUCGCAAGGAGAGGCUGUAUGAGUCACAGAACCGUGGUGUGUACAUGUUUCGGAUCGACAACGACUUUGUGAUCGACGCCACCAUCACUGGAGGACCUGCCAGGUACAUCAACCACUCGUGUGCUCCCAACUGCAUCACAGAGGUGGUGACUGUGGAGAAGGAGAACAAGAUCAUCAUCAGCUCCUGCAGACGCAUCCAGAGAGGAGAAGAGCUGUGCUAUGACUACAAGUUCGACCUGGAGGACGAUCAACAUAAGAUCCCCUGUCACUGUGGAGCCGUCAACUGCCGCAAAUGGAUGAACUGAACACGCACACACACACACACACACACACACCGGCAGCUCUCUCUCUCUCUCUCUCGGUGCUGAAGCUGGAUGUCGAUCGCCCGCCUCUCUGUGGGCGGAGCUCGACUUCAUAUCAGAAGUGAAUCUAAUAAUAAUAAUAAAACUGAUCAAUACAGGUUUGAUCAGACAGAUAAUAAUGAUGAUGGGGGGGCGGGGUUAUAUAUCAGGGUGGGUGGGGUCACAUGUGAGUGAUUGGCAGGUGAGGGGGCGGGGCUAAUGAAGAGGCUGGUCCUCUGUGUAUAUUGUGUGUAAAAAUGAGCACAGAUGUAAAUGUGAGUUAAACGCCACUGAAAUAACAGAACGUGUCGUCAAAGGGAGGUUUAUUAACUCAACUUGCACUAAAAUAAAAAAACACAAAACUCCACAAAAAAACAAAUUUCCAGAGAAACUUGAUUCCACGAGUCGCUUUCUUCCUCCUCCUCCUCCUCCUCCCUGCGUUUUGUUAAUUUCCUGUAAGAUAAGAGAUUUUUUUCUUUUUGUAUUUAUUACUGAAUGAAGCUAUUUUCUAAAUCCAUGGUGAGUUCGAGGUCCGGAGUCGCAGCGUGUAAAUAUCUGUACCAUAAAUUAAAAAAAGGACAAAGAUAAAAGUCUAGAGAUCACUCCCACCGAGAGCUACCUUAACAUCCUCAUCCUCACCUUCAUCACCUGCCGAUCGGAGCGCUCCUCUGUCAGAGACUCACUCUUUCUGUUUCCUGUUUCCUGUUUCCUGUCCCGGUGCCGGAGACGCUGCGAUCUGAUUGGACAAAGACUGUGAACAGACUAAAAGCCUCCUGAGUGUCGGGCGGGCGUCACUGCGGCCUUCAUCUGACUUUAGCUCUUUGUUUUGUUGUUGUUUUUGGCUGCAGACGUCUGUGUGCGUUUGUUUCUGUUGUUUUUUGUCGUUGUUGUCGUGGAGCUCCGAGUCCUGCUGCCGUGUACAUAUGAGCUUUUAUCAGGACUCUGCUGACGUGUACAGGAAGACGACACAAAGCCUUGUUUUUGCUUUUUUUGUUUUUUAUUAUUGGACGUAAACAGUGUGAUGAUGAUGAUGAUGAUGAUGAUGUUUGUUUGUUUUUGGGAAAAAUGUGGAAUCUGAUUUAGAAUCAUUUACAGAAAAUAAAAUAUUUUACAUCUUGAAGAAACAACA